AUGGAAAUUGAGAAAGACGGAAGUGUUCGAUGGCCGAAGCCUAUUAGGACUGGCCCCAAAAAGAGAAACAAGGAGUUGUACUGCAAGUUUCACAAGGAUACAGGACAUAAGACCGAUGAUUGUCGGCAGUUGAAGGAUGAGAUUAAGUUUUUGAUCUGGAAAGGCAAAUUGACCAGGUAUACUAGGGAUACAGAUAGGAAUCCCCGUGACAAUGAUAAUCGUGGAAAAGACAACGAUGAUAGGGAUAAGAGAAAUCAGCCUAGAGGGCCUGUGAUCAAUGUAAUCUCUGGAGGACCGACCGCAGCAGGCCUAUCUAGUAACUCACGAAAAGCUUAUGCUCGUGAAGUGAUGUGCAUUGUUGGAGAGCCCCCGAAGAGGGCAAAAAUUGAGUUUGCUCUAGCAUUCGACAAUUUAGAUCUUGACAGAGUUAAAUUUCCCCAUGAUGAUCCUUUCGUAAUCACCCCGAUGAUUGGAAACUCUUAUGUUAAAAGGGUACUCGUUGAUAGUGGAGCCUCAGUAGAUAUCUUAUUUCAUGAUGCAUAUGAGAAGAUGGGAUAUUCUGAUUCGCCAUUGACACCUUCAGAUAUGCCUAUAUACGGCUUUAAUAACGUGGAGACAAAUAUUGAAGGUAUGAUCCAACUACCCGUGACAAUGUGCAUCGAGCCUAGACAAGCCACAUGUAUGCUGAAUUUUUUGGUCGUUAAGGCUUCAUCAACCUACAAUGCUAUCCUUGGGAGGACUGGGAUACAUGCUUUUAAAGCAAUCCCAUCCACCUACCACUUGAAGAUCAAAUUCCCUACCAAGAACGGACUGGGAGAAGAAAUAGGAGAUCAAAAAAUGGCUAGAAGUUGUUAUGUGGGGGCUCUAAAAUCUGGAGGGACCGGGGGGCAGGUUCUCCCAAUUGAGGACUUGGAUGUCCGAGAAGAAGAGGAAAGGAGAGGGAAACCUGUUGAGGACUUGGUUCCCAUCUCCCUGUAUCCGGAUGAGCCCGAGAAGGUGACCUAUGUAGGGGCGUCGCUCCCCGAGGAUAUGAAAUCCGAAUUUGUGAAAUUUUUGAGGAACAACCGGGAUGUGUUUGCUUGGACCGCUGCUGAUAUGCCAGGGAUUGAUCCCCUCUUUAUGACACACACGCUUAAUGUGAACCUAGAUAGAAAACCCGUGAAACAAAAGAAGUGA